AUGAUUAUGCAGAAAUCUACGUAAAUUAUCGUUCCAAAAAUUGGACUCAACUUUUUCUUUAAUAAUAGUUUCUGUCGCUUUUCGAAAGCACGGACAUGGUACUGCCAGUUGCGUUACACGAUAGUAGUUUCUUUAAAACUGACCUAGUACAGUAUAGUUAGCGAGAAUUUGGCCUAAACGAAACGUUUACAUAGGAGCCAAUUGGAAGGGCAAACGUUUCUCGUGAAAUAGAAAUGAUGCUCCGAGUGACACGAAAACCUAGAAGAGUCGGCAACCCUCGUUUCCCAGAUUUCAAAUCCGUUUACAUUCCGCUGCAAUGCGCGCUGACCGGAAACGCCUUUACUUUUUUAUCGAAAGCCGUGACUGCGAUGGAGUCGCCGAUCCUCAAUGCAAUUGCAGAAAACGAAUGCGUCGACAGAAACAGAAGCGUAACUUGCGAGCUGAAAUCGGUGGGUGAAAAUCGUGUAAGGUUAGGUAACACGUGGAAGACUCCUUUGGAGAGAGAUAUCCCGUUACGAAUUAAAAUCCAGCUGGGUCCGAUCAACGCGAACGGCCCGUUGAGUCCAGCACGAGUGCCGGUGACUCGGGAUCUAAAUGAACUACGCAAGAAUUGAUUCCGGCCGAAAAUACAAUUUCAUCAGAAAUUUCUGACGCGUCGCUGCACCCACGAUGCUCCCGAAAAUUCUUUCUAGUUUCACGACGCGGAUUGCGUUAAUGGUGAAUUACAUAGUCGUCGAAAGUUUCCGCACUUCAUUGUCAUUCGUCGCGCAUCGUCAUUACGGUAACUUAGUUGCUUCGAAUCUGCAUGGAUCGACACGUGCCUUCAGAAUACGUGACGGAAGGCACGGAAGACUGCUUCGCCUGAAUUUCAUUAAUUUUUCGUAUUUUUUCAGAAAAUUAAAAAACCAAUAUAGUCAUGACCUACCCCAUUAGCAUAAAAAAAUACGACCUUCGAAAUACGUCGUUGUGGAAUUUCUCUAGAAAUCCAUACUACUUCAAAUUAUCUUAGCUGUCGCGUACCACGUGACACGGUUGUCGUUGGUGGGGCAAUAAAAAAAUGUCAAAAGGAACAAAACCAAGUACUCGUAAUUAUUACGUACGCGAUAAAAUUAUUCGAUAUUCGCGGUUGUCACUGUUUGGCUCUUUUUUCAAAGUUACAUGUUAUCUUUGAUUAUCUUUGAUAUUUUAUGGAAAAUUGGAUCGACACGUGUUCGCAAGCACAUGUGAUGCCGGUAAAACUUUCGAUGACGCUUUUCUACGCAUGAGGCCAUAAAUCGAAUAUGGUGGUUGGGGGCUAACGUUGAGAGUGGAUAUGGUAGUAGAAAGCUUUCUCCACUCGUUAAUGUCAUUCGAGCCAGCCUUUGGAAAUGCGUCAGUCGAUACAUGAUUCUUCAGCAGGAACAAUCGGCAAGAGCCGUCUUACCAUCUCGGUGAAAACGAUCGAACAGUGGUAAAGUUUCAGUGAGACGCGAAGAAUCACAUCCGUCGUCACUUCGUCUCUGUGAAUCGACGCGCCUGAAUAAAAGGUGAAAAAUUUUGCCAAAAAAGUAAGACCCAAAGGAUUUUCGUUAAUCACCAAGAUGGGUGUCGAGAGUGUCGUCACGAGCAUGAUAACUUCGGCGUCGGGAGGCCUGACGUAUUUCUUUCCGGUUCUCGCCGCAGCUAUUGCUUAUUUUCAAUAUGAAGUCAUGGAUCCGGAAUCGCGACCAAUCAACGUGCCAUCGGAGCUCUUACUUCCGGCUUACGAUUUCAUAGUCGUAGGAGCCGGUUCAGCAGGUGCCGUAGUGGCCAGCCGUUUAUCAGAAAUUGAAAACUGGAACGUGCUACUGUUGGAAGCUGGCGGCGAUGAAACUGAAAUUUCUGAUGUCCCUUUACUCGCCGGUUAUCUGCAGUUGAGUCAGCUUGAUUGGAAAUACAAGACCGAACCGCAGGGAGACGCCUGUUUAGCAAUGGAAAAUGGUCGGUGCAACUGGCCGCGGGGAAAAGUCAUAGGCGGAAGUAGCGUUCUGAACUACAUGCUCUACUUGCGGGGUAACAAGAAGGACUACGACAUCUGGGAACAGCAAGGGAAUCCAGGCUGGGGUUCUGCGGAUGCUUUGUAUUACUUUAAAAAAUCCGAGGACAAUUUGAAUCCGUACCUGGCGCGCACGCCUUAUCAUUCGACCGGAGGAUACCUGACGGUCCAGGAGGCGCCCUGGCACACUCCCUUGGCAGCCGCGUUCGUUCAGGCUGGCCAGGAAAUGGGCUACGCGAAUCGAGACAUCAAUGGAGAGCAUCAUUCGGGAUUCAUGAUAGCGCAAGGAACCAUAAGACGAGGCAGCAGGUGCUCGACGGGCAAGGCCUUCCUCAGGCCAGCUAGACUCCGGAAGAAUCUGCACAUCGCCAUGAAUGCUCACGUCACCCGGGUCCUGGUCGAUCCAGCCUCCAGGAGGACCUACGGCGUCGAAUUCUCGCGGGACGAAAAGAUCUAUCGCAUUCGUGCCAAGAAGGAGGUGAUCCUUUCCGGUGGGUCCAUCAACUCUCCUCAACUUCUCAUGGUUUCCGGUAUCGGGCCCAAGGAAGAUCUUGCUCCGCUCGGCAUACCGGUCAUCCAGGACCUUCGGGUGGGACACAAUCUGCAAGAUCACGUGGGACUGGGUGGCCUGACGUUCAUGGUGAACCAGGAAGUCUCCAUGGUAGAAAAUAGAUUGCACAGCGUUCCGGCCGUUAUGCAAUACGCAAUUUUCGGCGACGGACCCCUCACGGUUCUCGGGGGCGUCGAGGGACUCGCCUUUGUGAACACGAAGUAUGUAAACGCCUCGGACGACUUCCCGGAUAUUGAACUCCACUUCAUAUCCGGUUCGACCAAUUCUGACGGCGGCAGGCAGAUUCGCAAGGCCCAUGGACUCACCAAGAGGUUCUACGACGCCGUUUUUGGACCGAUAAAUAACAAGGACUCCUGGAGCGUGAUCCCCAUGCUUCUCCGGCCUAAGAGCAAGGGAGUCAUCAAGCUCCGGAGCAAGAAUCCUUUCGAUCAUCCGCUCAUCUAUCCGAAUUACUUCAAGGAUCCUCGGGACGUCGCUACUCUCGUGGAGGGCGUCAAAAUUGGAAUCGCUCUGAGCAGAACAGCCUCCUUCAAGAGAUUCGGAAGUGAACUCAGCCCUAUACAAUUUCCGGGAUGCAAACACAUUCAGAUGUACACUGACGCCUAUUGGGAAUGUAUGAUUAGGUUUUAUUCCGCCACCAUUUAUCAUCCCGUGGGAACCUGCAAGAUGGGUCCAUAUUGGGAUCCGGAAGCUGUGGUCGAUCCUCAAUUGCGUGUUUACGGUGUCACGGGAUUGCGUGUCAUCGACGCAUCCAUAAUGCCCAAUCUGGUGAGCGGAAACACCAAUGCGCCGGUGAUAAUGAUCGGGGAAAAGGGAUCGGAUCUGAUAAAAGAACUUUGGCUCAAGAGAAAGAACAGAGGAUAAGUCUUGUUCGACAAGAUGACAUCCUUACUGAGUAUUACUUCGAUGGAGUUCGCGCGGAAGAUCUGUCGGUAAAACAGCGAGUACUCCACGGAUAACGAGUACCGAAUCGUAAUUAGUCGAUAAUAUCGAACCACUGUAAUAAUCGAUCGAUCGAUAUCUCAAUGACGAAUUAAUCGAUAUUCGUGAUAUCUCUCUUUAAAUCGUUAGCGUGCUCAUUAUCACUGGCACGAGGCUCAAUUGGAAAGCACUGUAGUUCGUAGUGAAAUAAUUGUGAAAAUCCCGAGAAAGUUUCUCUAUUGCAAUAUUAUUUAUGCCGAGAAAACUUUUCUAAUGCUCGCCUAUAAUUCGUGUGAUAAACGAAACCAAGUUAUUAAGAGACUCUCUAUGUAAAGUAACGUUCGUAACGUAAAUCAAAAGUGGAUAACAUUAUCGUUGUAUCCUCUGUCUUACAAGGUAAAGAAAGCUCCAGUAUUUUUCUUACUAAACUUUAGAAUAACGUAAGUGUACAAUAUACAUGCUCACGAUCAGUUGUGAACUUUGCGAGUGCGCGCGUAUGGUGAAUGUAUUUAUGAGCUCAAGGCCAGGAAUGUGCGUAAGAACAUAUUGGCAUUAGCCAAACACGUGUUUUGGUCAUUCAUUGACCAACGGUAAUAGUCAACGGCGUCGAUGACUAUUUUCACUUUUGAAACGUCAGCUGAUUGAUGUAAAAAUUUUAGGAUUUUUUUAUUUAAAAUUUCCACACGAACACCAUUUCAGCUGAGUUUAAUUACAAUUUUGUAUAUAGCUAUUUGUUAAAAUGUAUCAAGUCCAUUGUGUUAUUAUUAUCGCAUUUGCAAUAUUUGUCUCGUCAAAUAUUUUCAAAAUGCUGUUCGUC